AUGUCGGGCUCAGUUGGUGUACAGGUAGAUGUGAGCAGCUUGUCGCUGGCGGGCUUAAAUACCUUCUCGACUAUCCUUGAUGCCCUCUCGGCAGAUGAUGUCCAACCGAUAGCUAUGCUGCAGCUUGAAAAGCUGGGUGCAGUAUUCCCGAUCAGUGGACCUCUGAGGACCAUAAUUCCCGAUCAUCUUCAACGAUGCAAAAAUACACGCCUGGAACGUCUUGGCUUGUGUAUAGGCUGGAAAAAAGGCGAUGCUGCCUCGUUGAUGUCCCAGUCAGCGGGUGGGCAAGCUGUUGCACUAUUAGCAACCUGUCUUGAGAAUAUCUACGGCAACGACGCGACAGCGAACAUUUUCUACAAACUCUCCAAAAGCCUUCUGCCGAACUCUGUUCGGCUCAGCAGUCCCAAGCAAUUGUCUCAAGCUACGGGUAUCCUGUCCCGUAAGGCUGGUACCAUAGGCUUUGGAACUCUGCUCGCAAAACAUGUAUGCCGAAUCCACGAUGUCUAUGGGCAGUUGGGGCGUCUAGCACCGACAAGCCUGCUAGCAUCGUUAAGCCAGGAAGGUAUGGAUAAUAUUCUUUCCAAAUUUUCACAGGCAUUACGAGAGGAGAAGUGUCUUGUUCGAGUGCGAGGAUGUGCCAGCAUGGGAUACAUUUUUGCUCUCGCCGUGUCCUUGUUUUCAGAUGAUUGCAUGGUCACCGUUGAGAACCUUAUCAUCCACAAAGGGUGUCGGUCUUCUGCUAUCACUGUCGAGAUAACCGAGUCUUCGGGAAACAGGUCUCUCCAAGUCCAAUUGAUGGGAAUAAUUGAAUCGGUAUCCGAAAUUCCAGUCCGACUAUCGCAGCUGUCACCUUCCAUGAAAUUUGCCUACAAAGGCCACUUUGCUGAAUACACCAGACUCCGUCUACAGGAAAUGGGCUUGAUGUGUGUGCCUGAUGCACUAGUAGCCAUGGGUACUUGCAUCCUUUCCCUGUCUGAUUUGAUCUAUGUUUCCGUGGAUGAUGUCCCCCACACAAACGAAAAAGGGACUGUGAACCUGUUCAGCCAAGUUUUUGGCGAGAGUCCUCGAGCAGCCCUUCAUCAACGUUGCCAAGAGGCUUUCGAAGUGACAUUGCCUCUCAAAUGGCCCUCCUUAAAGGAAUCACUGGCUCAGCUAGAACACAUUCUGGCACGGUCAAACCAAGCAGAAACCUUCUCACAGCUUUCCAAUCAUUCCGGCUUAUACGCGGAUCCAUCGGACCUUCUACUUCGCAUAAUCGACGCCGGGGCCGCAUCUCUGCUUGUGACUUCUCGUGAACAGGACGGGGUCUGGCAAGAGCGCUCCAAUCACAGGACAUGGCGUCCAUGUGAAAUCAUUCUCGGGCGAGGGUCCAAGCAUGUCAUUGUUACUCCUUCAAAGUUGUUGCGACAGCUGCUCUCUUGGGACGAUACGAGACUCAUAGCCAAGUCAGAAGGAGGCACGACUCUGUUUCCUGCUGGUAUUCUCUAUCUUGGCCGUGAAAUUUGCCAUUACCGAGGCCUUGAGAUAAUGGAUGGGCUUAUAUUCCACAAGAAUGUUUAUCACGACAAAGUCAUCUCCGGUGUUGAUGCCGAUGGCCCGAGGGUCCCUUCGGAGGUAUCGCUCACCAUAGCAGAAGAUGUCCACGGACUAGUGUUAGAAUGCACGGUAAUCUAUUCUGGUCUACGGCAGUCAAUCAAUCUUCGGGAACGCGUUGAUCAGUUAUUCGGGCUCCUUGAUACUUAUGCUUGUAAUCAUUCAAGGAAGACUCCGUUAAAUCGGGAAUACGUGAGCAAGGUACAAAUCAACUCAGUGCUUACGCCCGAUGGAAGAUCUGGAGAGCAGAUUUCUAUUGUACAGACGUACGGCAAUCCCACCGCACAGUUCGUUGCUUUGACGAAAUGGGAACCCGCAAUCCUUUGCCGCAGAUGCUGCCUGAACUGCGCCUACGAGCAGGCCCGAAAGAAGGAGAUCUACAAGAUAAUAGUGGCUUGA